CACCAAGAAGAAAGAUUUCCGGUCCCUUUUGAUCAACAUCUUUCCUAACUUCUUCCAUACAAACAUCUUUGCUGUCAUAGCAAAGAUAGCAAGCAGAACACCCAACCCAUCUACCAUCUCCUCCACCACACGUUCAGCUCAUCAUGCCACGUGUACUUGUCGCACCUUCCGUCUUGGCGGCCGAUAUGGGCAACUUGAACGAAGAAUGCAAACGAAUGAUGGACGCAGGAGCAGAUUGGUUACACAUGGACGUAAUGGAUGGUCACUUUGUUCCAAAUUUGGUUUUGGGUGCACCUCCUCUAAGUUCAGUAUACAAAGCAGUUCCAGGAAUCUUUAUGGAUUGUCAUAUGAUGGUUACCGAACCAGGAAGAUGGAUCAAAGAUAUCGCAGAAGCAGGAGGUUCAAGCUAUACAUUCCACUUGGAAGCUGCUUAUGAUCCUUUGGAUAUCGUUAGAAAAAUCAAAGCUGCAAAUAUGAGAGCUGCAGUUGCAAUCAACCCUGGCACACCCACAAGCGAAAUUUCAAACGAAUUGGGAGAAUCUGUCGAUAUGAUUCUCGUAAUGACCGUUUGGCCAGGAUAUGGUGGACAAAAGUUCAUGCGUGAAUGCAUGCCAAAAGUUGCAGAAUUACGUGCAAGAUUCCCAAAUCUAGAUAUCGAGGUAGACGGUGGUGUUGGACCAAAGACAAUCGAUCAUUGUGCAAAUGCAGGUGCAAACGUUUUGGUAGCAGGAACGGCAAUCUUUAACGCUGAAAAUCCAAAAGAAGUGAUUGAAUUCCUACGAUCAAGAUGUGAAGAAGCACAAGAAAGAAUAAAGGCUGAAAGAGAACAAAUCUUGUUUGAUCCAAAUUCAGCGGUUGACGAUGAAGAAGGAGAAGAUUUGACAGCAUUAGAAGGUCGUAGAUCGCGUGCAAUGACACCUUUGAGUCAUCCUCGUGCAUAUAUCCGAAACCUUGCCCUACGUCGUGAUUCGACAACAUCAAAUGAUGCACGUAUGAUCAAGAGUGGAUAUGGUGUCCCAAGUCCAGCUGUCAGUCGUCGGGGGAGUGAGGCCGCACCGGCUUUAGCUCAAUUCAACGGUGCCGUAGGAAUGACUCCAAUGGAUGAAGCACAUGAUUGAUUUGCAAGAGUGGGAAGCGGGAAUAGUUGAGAUAUGUCGAAAGAUGUACAUUCCAAAAUACGUGUGUCUCAUACAGAUCACAUUGUCGAACAGGAACCCUAUUGUAAUACAUGAUAUUGAUUGUGAUGGGCUUUCAUGUGUGGUCUUUUUCAGAAAUAGAGAGAUUUUCAGACAUUUUGGAACCUAAGUCUGCAUUUCUUCACCAAGAAUGCCCUUUCUACUUCUGAGCUUAUUACGAACAGCAGAC